AUGGCUCUCCGGCAUCCGUCGUCAUGGCUCGCGUCUCUGACGCUCCUCGCUCUGCUCUCUAUCCUCGUCCCCGCCAACGCCCUGUACUUCUACAUGGACGGGCGGCAAUCCAAGUGUUUCUACGAGGACCUGCCCAAGGACACCCUGGUGGCCGGCACCUUUUCAACAGAGGUGAUCAAUCCGAACACACACCAAUACUCCGUGGACGCAAGCAUGAAGGUACUCAUCACGGUAGUCGAGACCUUCGACAACGACCACAUGAUAGUCUCAAAGCGUGACGCCCAUUCCGGCCGGCUCACCUUCACCGCGGCGGACUCGGGCCAGCACAAGAUCUGCUUCACGCCGGAGACGGACGUCGCCACGGGCGGGUGGCUGUCUGGUCCGGCCGGCGCGGUCAAGUUCACGGUCGACCUGGCUAUUGGCGAGACGAGCAAGAUCGAGACGGAGGAUAAGGAUAAGAUGAAGGAUCUGGUGCAGCGGGUGAAGGAUUUGAAUUCGAGGUUGCAUGAUAUUCGCCGGGAGCAGGUGUAUCAGCGGGAACGUGAGGCCGAAUUCCGCGACCAGUCUGAGACAACCAACUCCCGCGUCGUGCGCUGGGCCCUCAUCCAAGUAGCCGUCCUCUCUGCCGCGUGCGCAUGGCAGCUCUCGCACCUGCGUUCGUUCUUCAUCAAGCAGAAACUGACCUGA